UACGAUGGUAUGAUUGAUGAUGAUAGAUGGAUGGGAUAAAUUUGGUAUGGGCAUCAACUGCAUUGCUCUUGAGCGAGGGUUUUCUGGGUUUUUUUUUGGUUGCAUAGCGAUUUGGUUUUAUGGUCUGCAUAGCACGUUUAGAUGGUUGUCAUUGUACCGAUUGGGUCGGGUUCUGGGUUUAUUCUAUAUCAUCAGCGAGUUCUUGGUUUUGGUCGCUGUCGGGCAUCAACACCGGCAUUAGAACAAUAUAUCUAGACGUUCAAGCGGUACUUUCGGACAUAUCCUAUGUCCCCGUAUAAUAUCCAACUGUAGUCCAUACUAGUAGCUGUCUCUGCAC